AUGAAGCUCUCCCUAGUGUUUGAGCUUCUAUUAAUAUUUGUUUUAAUAGCAUUUGCAGCCUCUAAGAAUAUAGGUCGUCAGAAAAACCAGAAAAAAGAAAUACAUAAAGGGAAUGACGGCAUCCAAAUAGAAGACAAUAGCAUCAAUAAAUAUUGCAAAUGUUCAGAGGCGUUUUGUAAUUGUUGUAGAGACUUUGCUGUUCCUGUCCUAAAUUUAAAUGGCCCCGGAUGUGCUUCACUAAUGUAUUUAAAAGGCGAUAAAAUGUCGAUUUCAUUAAGUUUUGGCAAUAAAGUUAUUACAAAUCGGACACUUUCAAGUCGCAAACCAAGUCCAGUUUGCAUGCCUCUUCCCGGAGGUGUAUCAAAAUUCUGUGGACGGAUUUAUAAUAUUGCAAGAGCUGGAGAAGAAUUUAGAGCCUGUCUCGGCUUGGAACUUCAAGCUAAGAGCACUGUAGAAGCAGCUGUCAGAGUAUCCUGUUUCAAAUUUGGAUCAAGGGGUGUUGUAUCUGAGCCUGCCGAUCCUUUACCUCUUGUACCCCAGGAUGAGAAAGUCACUGAUGACGACGACGACGAUGAAGAUGACGACGAUGACGAUGAUGACGCUUUUGGUCUCGAAGCUGACGACGACGACGACGAUGACGAUGAAGAAGAUGACGACGACGAUGAUGAUGACGAUGGUGGGCUUGGUGCCGUCAACGAUGUAGACAGCGCUGAUUAUACAGGUUUUAGUCUCCUCGGAGAAGAUUUAUUAGGAGGUCUGUUUGGUUCAACUGGAGGCAAAAAAUCAAACAAAAAUAAAAACAAACAAGCUCCUUGGCCUACAACAACAACACGUCGUCCUCGUCCAUCACGUAGACCAAUAAGGAGACCUGCUACUAGAACUACUACACCUAAAAACGUAGUCACACGAACAACUACUGUAAGGGUUCGUCCAGUUAAUCGUAGACCUACACGUAAACCUAUUCAAAGACCAACAAGACGACCAACAACAACUACAACCACUUUAACUGAUGAAAGCAUUAUUGUAUCGACAAUAUCUACCACCAUUACUCCUGUCAGUUUAAUGGAUACAAAAACUUCUAUUAAUAAUGAAGUUAACUCGCAAAGUAUUGAUACAGAGCAAGUUAUACCUAUAACUGAAAAAUCUUCACUGUCUUUAGAGUCAACAACAGCCAAAAGCGUAACCACUUUUGAAGACCCUAGCUUAGAAUUGUCUCUUGCACAUAUUACAGGCCAGCUUUCUAUUUUACCAGUAACACAAUUAGUACCUACACUUACGAAAGAUUCAAAUGAUAACACAGACAAAAAAGAAGACGUUAAGUUUGAAAAAGUUGAGAUGGUUACUGUUAAGCCACAUUCAACUAUUCCAUUUGCUACAACAGUAGACGAUGAUAAUAAUGAAGAUAUGGUGCAAAUCGUACAAAGUCUUGAUUCUCAUUCUGAGGAGCAUGCAGCAGAUAGUGAGCAUGCUGCAGAUAAGCAAACGAGGUCUCAUAACAAUGGACCAAGUCACCAUUACGAAGGACUUUCAUUGCCGAAAAAGAAACAUCGAGGAGGACCAUUUCAUUUAGGUGACUUAGACGUUUUCGAUUUGACAGGUAUUGGUGAAAGUGUUGGACACCAAUUAGGAAUCUUUGGUAAAAACAAGAGACAAAAUAGAAACAAAGUCAUCACGCCUCAUAACAUCGAGGGUGGAAAUGACUAUGAUGAUAUAUUUGGUCUAGACGCUUUAAGUGAAUCAAUUGGUUUACCUGAUAUAGACGAUUUGAGUAGAAAAGAUAGAAGACGACAAAAUAAAAUGAUGCGUGGAUUAUGGCCUCAAGCAUAAUGUCUAUAUUUAUA